AUGUCGCAACCAUCAACACCUGCACAAUCCGCUCCAAGAACAAGAGGAGGCUUCGAGUUUGAUGACGAUGGUGAUGAGCAGGAUGUUCCACUCGGAGAUGUCCAAGACGAUGAUGUCUAUGGUACCCCGAUUCCGCAGGAAAUCAGUGGCACUUCCGCUGCAACUGACCAGGGUACUUUUGAUAGAUCCUCAAAAUCCCCAGCACAAGAAAAUGGCAUGACCCCUGUUCCUGUUCAGGCCAUUGAUAGUCCUGCUGAUCUUCCUUCUUCUGUUGUCUCCAACACUUUACGGCCACAGAAUCUUCUUGUAUCCAAUGGCGUGGCUCCCUCAGAUCAGACUUUUCCUGCUGAUACACCAUCAGUCUUGCCCAAAUCGCGCUUAGCCCAUGAUGUGGUAGGCUUGCUCGAAGAUCGUGUCAAGGAUGAUCCUCGUGGUGAUACAGCUGCUUGGCUAGAAUUGAUCGAAGAAUACAAGAAUCGCAGCAAAGAAGACGAAGUCCGCCGGACUUAUGAACGUUACUUUGAAGUCUUUCCCCAGGCGGCUGAGCAGUGGUGUGCAUUUCUCCGUUGGGAGGAAGCUGCUGAUCGUAAAUGGCACAUGGAGCAAAUCUUUAAGAAGGUGCUCGUCUCGGUUCCCAGCGUCGAAGUCUUCACAGUUUAUGUCAAUUAUGUUCGGCGUCGGAAUAACGUGCAGACCGGCGAUACUGCUGCAUAUAGGAAUAUCAACCAGACCUUCGAUUUCGCGCUGAAGUUUGUCGGUACUGAUAAAGAUUCUGGCAACCUAUGGCAGGAGUACAUCAGCUUCCUGAAGACUGGAGCUGGCACAGUGGGCGGAACUACCUGGCAAGACAGUCAGAAAAUGGACACGCUCAGGGAGGCAUAUGCCAGGGCACUCAGUGUGCCCACUUCAGCGAUACUGCCGCUGUGGAAAGAGUAUGAAGCUUUUGAGAUGGGCAUCAAUAAGGUCAAUGGUAGAAAGUUGUUGGCUGAGCGAUCUCCUGACUACAUGACUGCUAGAGGUGCCCAUACCCAAUUACAGAACAUUACACGCGGUAUUGACAGAACAACUCAGCCAAGGCUGCCGCCUGCUUUGGGCUAUGCUGGUGACAUGGAGUACCAAAACCAGGUCAAAUUGUGGAAGGAAUGGAUUGAAUGGGAGAAAGAAGAUCCAUUGCAGCUAAGACCGGAGAACAAUGAUGCUUAUCUCGAUCGCAUCAUUUUCACCUACAAGCAGGCGCUAAUGGCCUUGCAGUUCUGGCCAGAGAUGUGGUAUGAUGCUGCUGAAUUCAGCUUGGCCAAUAAUCGUGACGAGCAAGGUCUUCUCUUUCUUAACCAAGGCUUCGCUUCCAAUCCUGAGUCUGCUCUUCUCGCCUUCAAAUUAGCUGACCGGCUUGAAACAACCACGACUAACGACAACACCAACGAUUCUGGUGCGAAGAAUCGCAUGAAGACUGUCCGUGAUCCUUACGACAAGGUACUUGACGCCCUGUAUGCCACCAUUAAGAAAACGGAGACACGUAUGGAGGCAGAAGUGCAAAGAAUCGAGAAAACUGCAUCAAGUCAGCACAAUGAAUCUAAUGGUCAGGAUCAACCCAUUGCACCUAAUAUCGACCAAACCAAGUCUGCACUCGAGCAGCAGGUUCAGACAGUCAAAGAUCAAGCGAAAAAUCAGUCUGAUAUGCUCAGCAAGAUCAUUUCCCAUGUUUGGGUCGCACUGAUGCGAGCAUCGCGCCGUAUACAAGGCAAAGGUCUGCCGAAUGAGAAGGUAGCUGGGUUCAGAGCCAUUUUCAAUGAGGCAAGGAAGCGUGGCCAUGUUACCCCGGAAUUCUAUGUUGAGGCAGCUCUCAUCGAAUGGAUUUGCUAUCGCGAUCCAACUGGUUCGAAAAUUCUGGAACGAGGUGCCAAGCUCUAUCCGGAUGAUGCCUAUCUACCUCUAGAAUAUAUCAAGCAUCUUAUCCAGAAGGAAGAUGUCACUAAUGCCAGAGCAGUAUUCGAGACUACUGUCAGUCGUUUCACUACUGGCGACAAUAGGGACAAGCCCGAGUCAGUGGCAAAGACUAAGCCACUGUUCCUCUUCUUCCAUGACUAUGAGUCCAAAUACGGGGAAUUGUCACAAGUCAUUCGGUUGGAGGCCAGAAUGAGAGAGCUGUUCCCAGAAGAUCCAGCACUCUUACAAUUCUCUGCACGAUACCAAACGCCUGGAUUCAAUCCUCUGAACGCUCAGCCUGUUAUCUCCGCUACCCAAUUAGUGCCCAAGCUGGUGCUGCAACCUUCCAUUGAGGCUGGCCCUGUUGUUGAUUCACCCAUGCAGACAGUCGUCAAUCAUAUGACCAAUAUCAAUUCUCCGAAACGCGCAUUGCCAGCAGAUGAUGACGACGAUGACUACCGGCCGCAAAAAAUCGCUAGAGGCGAGUCGCCCUUCAAGACCACUCAGAUUCGUAAAGUGCCUGCACCGUUACCGCCAGUACAGAACCGAGCUCCACCACCAUUACCUGGCGCUAUUGUACAUCUGCUCAGCAUCUUGCCAAGGGCUGCGACGUACACCGAUGUCAGGUUCGAUCCUGUUGCAAUGCACAAGUUGAUAAAGGAAAAGCAUUUACCUGCUCCUGGGACCAUAGGUGCUACUCGACCUCCUCUUACACCACAACAAGGAACACCUCCUGCCUGGCCUCCACAAUUCACACAACAUCCUCCACUCAUGGUGCCGCCGCCUCAAGGAUAUAUGUCUCCAGCUGCUCCGCCACCACAGUUUGGUGCAGGUACGUUGCAGGACUACGCAUUCAACGGCUCUGGCUAA